AUGGAGGCCAUCACGAAUGUUGCGCUUUUGGGGAAAGGAUGGUUGGGAUCUGCGAUUCUCGAGCAGCUUCUCAAUUCCGGCUUUCGCGUUACGGUCUUGAGUCGCACCGCAAGUCCAGAGGAAGACCCCGAUACAAAGUUCAAGACCGUGCAAGUCGACUAUUCUUCUAUCGACAGCCUUGUGGCAGCCUUGAAAGACCAGCAUGCCGUGGUGUCUACAAUUGGCACCAGCGGUAUUAGUGCGCAGAAGACAGUGAUUGACGCUAGCAUUCAAGCCGGUGUCAGGCGAUUUAUCCCCUCCGACUUCGGUGCUCUUACUACUCGGCCGGGAGCAGAGUCCCUCCCAUUGAAUGCUUUGUGGAUAGAAAUCCAAACCUACCUCAAGGGCAAAGCUCUUGCUGGGGAGAUUGAGUACACUCUCUUUGCGGUUGGGCCUUUCCUGGAGUUCGUCAUGUCUAUGCCUUUCUUGGCGGACCUCCAAACCCAGGAAGUCAACUUAUAUGAUAAUGGCCAGCACCCUUUUAGCUCGACCAGCGUUUCCAGUGUCGGAAGAGCUGUUGCUGGUGCUUUGAUGAAUGCGGAAGCGACCAAGAAUCGCUUGGUCACGGUUCAUGACAUUGUGUUGACUCAAAGCAAACUCUUGAGUCUUGCGAAGAAAUACUCCGGCCCGGAGACGAAAUGGAUUAUCAAUCCAGUUAGCUCCGUGACUGAGCUUGAGUCGACGCUUGAAUCUGUUCAAAACAAUGGCCUGAAUCUCUUCAACACUCUCGCGCUGCUCAAAGCUGCACUCUUGAGUGGAAAUUACCAGACCAAGUUCGAAAAAGUGGACAACGAGCUCGUGAAAUUGCCUAUGAUGUCUGAAUCCCAAUUUGAAGAGAAAUUUGCGACAGGAUUCAAGUCCAUGGCUGCUUCAAUGCUGGAAUUCCAGGGAAAGAGUGAUGGAAUUGACGGAAAUGCCUGA